AUGAUUGUCGGGCGGUCGUGGUUGGACAGCCCGUCGGUGGCGUACCACAAGGCCCACGGACGUCUAUACAUAUAUAACGCAGAGGCGAGUUCGGACGGUAUGGUGGUCGGAGUAACUAGUCACGCUAGAGAAGUUGACUAUCUACAUGUCGCGGAAAUCGGCCCCGACCCGCCAGUACACCAAGAGUUAGAAUUGAGCGACUUUGUGUUUGUUAGCACGGAAGCAACAUCGGAAGAACGAGACGACCUGCUACUCCUUGUCAACGAAUACCGAAGCUGUUUUGCCAAGAGCUUGGACGAACUCGGAUGCACGCCGUUAAUGCGUGUUGACAUACAAGAGGUGCCUGGUAGUUUGCCUGUCGUGUGCCGCCCGUACAAGACGACACAAGCGGACCGUGAAGAGAUCCAUCGGAUAGUCACCAACUGGAAAAGGUACGGCGUGGUGAGUGAGACUACUUCGCCCUAUGCCAGCCCCGUGCUACUAGCCAAACAAGCGGGCAUAAACCGAUUAUGCGUCAACUAUCGCCGCCUGAAUAAGCAGACUAUACGACAACACUAUCCGCUGCCCGACAUGAUGGAACAGUUGGAGUCAUUGGCAGAUAGUCGGCUGUUUACCCAGCUUGAUUUGGCGAGUGGGUACCUUCAAAUACCGUUGACGGAGGAAGCUUCCAAGAAAACGGCUUUCAUCACCGCGGAUACGACGGGUGAAUUUAAUAGAAUGCCAUUUGGGUUGUCUGGGGCCGUCGCUGAAUUUACCCGGCUUAUGCAGCGGGUGUUGAGUCCUAUCCAGGGACUAAACGUGCGGAAUUACUUGGAUGACAUGGUCGUAGACGGGAAAAACUGGACGGAGAUGUUGACCAAUUUGCGAGCUGUAUUAGGGAAGAUACGCGAAGCGCAGCUAACGCUGAAGCCAUUGAAAUGUUCGUUUGGCGCUAAGCGGAUUCACUUCCUAGGAUUCGUCAUCGAAGGUGGAGAAAUACUGCCAGGUACGGAAAAGGUGCGUGCCAUCGAGGAGUACCCUGUUCCUAAAGACGUACACGAGGUCCGGAGAUAUUUGGGGCUUACUGGUUUCUUCCGCCGGUUUGUAGAAAAGUAUGCUGUGGUAGCUGGGCCGCUGACGCGCCUGAUGCGUGGUGAAUGGGUGUUCGGGUGGGCGGAAGAGCAGCAGACCGCAUUCGACUCGCUACAUCGGAACCUGACCAGUGACACAGUCCAGACUAUGCUUCGAAAGGAUGCUGCGCGUACCGAGCUCCAUACUGAUGCCAGUGCGCUGGGCCUAGGAGCCAUGCUGUUGCAGUCGUCAGUGGAAGGUGACCCACUCAAGUUGGUGUACUGUGCUAGCCGAAAGACGAGUGAUGCCGAAACGCGGUACCACUCCAGUAAGCUGGAGUUGUUGUGCAUAGUAUGGGCAGUUAACAAGUUGAGGCAAUUUAUUUUGGGGAUAAAGUUUACGGUGUUCACCGAUUGCCAAGUUCUUACUUACUUAAACAGCAGUAAGAGUGUGAACGCUCAAGUGGCACGGUGGUAUGAUGCCCUGCAGGAGUAUGACAUCGAGGUGAAUUAUAGACCUGGAGUGCGUAUGACACAUGUUGACGCCUUGUCUAGAGCUCCAGUAGGACCCGAAGAGUCUCUUGACGAAGCCCUAAUGGAACGACAGACUGUGUGCGUGUUGAUAACGUUAGAAGAACGAGUGAUGAUGUGUCAAACGGCAGACAAAUUAAUUUCGACGACGACGACGACGACGACGACGACAUACGCGGGUCCCCUCUGCUCUAUACCGAAUCUUUUUGCAUCAUGGCUUUGUGCCAAAUCUUUUUGCCGCAUUGUACUGCGGCCGCCCCUUUGGGGCUGUGUGCCGAUAAUAUGUACGAAUAUACGCGUGCAAAAAGAUUUGGCACAAAGCCAUGAUGCAAAAAGAUUCGGUAUAGAGCAGAGGGGACCCGCGUAUGUCGUCGUCGUCGUCGUCGUCGUCGUCGAAAUUAUAGAAUAA